AUGUCCGGCCAGCAAACACCACCCGUAGAGAAAGUCGGCGGAACUCUCCACAUGGGAAACAAGCAGCGGAUCGUCGAUGAGGACGCGGCAAUUCCGUUCUCGAGGCCUUCCACUCCUACGCCCAGACAUGACCAACUCGCUCUGAUCGGUCUCGGAGCGAUGGGUCGACGAAUGGCCACUAACCUUGCUCUCGACCUCCAGAAGAAGCACAUGCCACCACUGAUCGUCUCGAACCGAUCUGACGCGCGUAUUGACGACUUCAAGCGAUGGGCCAAAGAGCGUGGGCUGAGCGAGGACGGGUACAAGGUCGUCAAGGAUCUCAAGGAGAUCGGGCAGACUGCUGAUAUGAUCUUGACGUCGCUUGGAUCGGACGAGGCUGUUGAGGAGGUCUUUACCGAGCUAUUCGCGGGACAAGAGGAACAAAGCGACAAGGGCGAUGGAAUCAUUCCAGGUGGAGCAGGCAAGAGCACCAUCUUUGUCGAUACCAGUACCAUCUUCCCGGCGACCGCCGGCAAGCUCGAGCGGCUCGCCGCUUCCAAGCCGCACCGCACCUUCCUCUCCUGCCCCGUAUUCGGCGUCCCCAAAGCGGCCGAGACGGCAGACAUCACCCUGGCCAUCUCGGGCGACUAUUACGCCAAGAAGCACGCAGCGCAUGCGCUCGUCCCGGCCCUAGCGAAGAAGGUUAUGGAUUUGGGGAGUAAUGUCGAGAGGGCGAUGUCGUUCAAGCUGGUCGGGAACGCCCUCGAAUUGGGCUUCAUCGAACUCCUCUCUGAAUGCUUUACCCUAUCUGACCAAGCUGGCGUCGGGUCCGACAAGCUCCUCGAGCUCAUCAAGGAGCAGCAUAGCUCGCCGGCGCUGGUGAGGUAUGCGGAUCGGAUAUUGCAUAACAAGUUUGGGGCGGAGGGGGGGUUCACGCUAGGUGGCGGGAUUGUGGAUGCCAAGCACAUUCGUCAACUCGCCGAUGUCCAUAAUGUCCCCAUGCCCACGAUCGACGUGGCGAACCAGCAUAUGCUCUCUGCGCGCGCGCACGGAGGGGAGGAGAUGGAUUGGACGGCGCUUGUAGGGGGGCAGAGGAUCGCGGCAGGGCUGCAGCCGUUUGCGGGCAGGUCAAAGUUGGAGAGGUAUUACGAGGAUACGUAG